GCCUGACGGCAAACGCUGCGGUCGUUCCCGAAUUCAUUUACGUUGAACGACAGUUGACCAGUGACAGCGACGUUGUAGGAACCAGUGUCGCCCACAGCCACAUCUUCACCAUGAGGUGGUGGAUACUUCUCCUUCUGGUGGUUGUCACCCUGGUGGCCAUUUCGUCUGCACAAAGUUCGAAAUCCACAGGGUCCAAAUCAGUUACACGAAGAAGAUCGCUGAAAUCUUCCAGUGUAAAAGAUUCUAAACAGACCUCUUCACGUCGACGUUCCUCUUCCAGACGGCGAUCAUAUGUUUCCUCUUCACGACGGCGAUCAUAUGUUUCCUCUUCACGACGGCGAUCAUAUGUUUCCUCUUCACGUCGACGUUCCAACUCCAGACGGCGAUCAUAUGUUUCCUCUUCACGACGGCGAUCAUAUGUUUCCUCUUCACGUCGACGUUCCAGCUCCAGACGGCGAUCAUAUGUUUCCUCUUCACGUCGACGAUCCAGCUCCAGACGGCGAUCAUAUGUUUCCUCUUCACGACGGCGAUCAUAUGUUUCCUCUUCACGUCGACGUUCCAGCUCCAGACGGCGAUCAUAUGUUUCCUCUUCACGUCGACGAUCCAGCUCCAGACGGCGAUCAUAUGUUUCCUCUUCACGUCGACGAUCCAGCUCCAGACGGCGAUCAUAUGUUUCCUCUUCACGUCGACGAUCCAGCUCCAGACGGCGAUCAUAUGUUUCCUCUUCACGUCGACGAUCCAGCUCCAGACGGCGAUCAUAUGUUUCCUCUUCACGUCGACGAUCCAGCUCCAGACGGCGAUCAUAUGUUUCCUCUUCACGUCGACGAUCCAGCUCCAGACGGCGAUCAUAUGUUUCCUCUUCACGUCGACGAUCCAGCUCCAGACGGCGAUCAAAUGUUUCCUCUUCACGUCGACGAUCCAGCUCCAGACGGCGAUCAAAUGUUUCCUCUUCACGUCGACGAUCCAGCUCCAGACGGCGAUCAAAUGUUUCCUCUUCACGUCGACGAUCCAGCUCCAGACGGCGAUCAUAUGUUUCCUCUUCACGUCGACGAUCCAGCUCCAGAAGGCGAUCCUCUUCACGUCGACGAUCCAACUCCAGACGACGAUCCAAUUCCAGACGAAGAUCUUCAAACCCCUAUGGUGGUUACUGCAAAGCUCCAGGAGGACGGUUCAGGAAAGGCCAAGCCUUCUUCAAGGAAUCUGGAUGUAAGGCUGCCUCCAGAUGUCUCGGAAACGGAAAAAGUACACCCAUCUCUGGUGAAGCUAACGGAUGCUCUAAAUCCAAAAAUAUGGAAUGUGACAGAGAUGAAAACGAAUGUGUUUGCAUGAACGGAUACAUGCCUGUCGCCCGUAGCGCAAAUGGUUUCCUCAAGAACUGCCGACGUCGGCCAUCAGAGGACGCUGUUUGCUGCGAGUAUCCAUUUACAAAAUCACCAUCAGGCGGCUGCUUCUAUGUGUCGUCCGUCCGAGUAUCCAAAUCCGAAGCCGCGAAACAAUGCAAAGACAUGGGAGCCCAGCUGGCUAUCUUUCAGACAUUUGGCGGUGGUUGCCAGAGGUUGAAAAACCUCAGGAUCGGAGGCAGGAAAGUUGUUUCCGGUGGAGAAUUCUUCAUUGGAGGAUUCGUAUUCAAAGUCAAUGUUGAUAAGAAGGAAGAAGAGAGGAAAACGACAUUCUAUAAAAUGUGUGGUGGUGGUAAAAGGGCACCUAGAAGAUUCCAAGGAGGCAAGAGAAGGAGAUCAUAUUUUGCUGAUGAAACAGACAAAACAAGCGGAAAAGACCUUGCGGUGAACUUUGCUAAAUACAGUGAAGGGCAGGUUGUUCUUGUUCCCAGUAAUCGAAAACUUAGAUUCGUCUGUGAAAGGUCAGCUGCAACCCUUGACACCGACGACUACAGCUGGUCCGACUGGGUGGAUUCCUACAGUAUUAGGGGAGGAGAGGAGUUCUCAGUGACAGGCUUCAUGCGACGAUCAAGGAAAAAUGCCGAAAAGGCAGGGAUAUGCGACUGCCCUAUGGACAUUGAGUGUAGAACGAAGAGCUCAAACAAAAACAUUCCACUCAAUAGUAAAAACUCCAAUGGCAUCAGGUUCUCGGAUGCAUUGAAAUUGGCUGGCCCUAACUCAGGAUUGAAAUGCUUGAAGAGCAGGAACACACGGAAGUGCCCUAAAGUACAAUGCAGGACAUUCUGUCAAAAUGGUAAUGGAAACUGUAAAACAAACGACGACUGUGGCGACAAGCAAUGCGAAGACACAUCCCGUGGACACAGAUGCAACAACACCCCGAAGAAAGCUGUUGGCUGUCUGUACCCCUUCUCCUUCCAGUGUAGAACUACCCAAAUAGACUUCCAGGGCGCUAAGUGCAUAUCAAGCGGAGACCCACAUACGUCCACUUUCGACAGCUGUACACUGAAACCGACCAUCCGCAAAGGGAAGAAGCAUUAUCCAAAGAUCGAUUUCAUGGGCGUAUGCAAAUAUAGAAUGGCUGGUUGUGUGAGCGCGUCGUGCCCGGAGAAAUGGGAGGUUAUAGCUGAUAACUGGAAACGUGAUAGACCCAACGGCGUUCCUUCAUGGACGAAAUCUAUCACCUUUGAAGGUUGUGGAACAACAAUUAAGAUCGGACAGAGGCCUAGGAAUCGUGGCAGACCAGAAUUCCUUGUGGGAGGAAACUCCGAUAGCCCGACCCAGUGUGGAGAAUGCUUUUCGUGCUAUUGCGCAGGUAAAUUCAUCAUCUGUACCACGAGUUAUGGCGUCCAGUUUGGUUUUGAUGGCGACAAGACAGCAUUUGUCAAGGUGGACAAACGUUUUGCUAGCAAAGUCAAUGGUAUCUGUGGUAACUUCAACGACAACGGUGCGGAUGAUUUCUUGAUGAAGAACGGCGAAAAGCCACCAGGUAAAGGUAGCAGAGAACAGGAGAGAAAUCUCGGACAGCAAUGGCUUAUUCCUGGCGAGGAUGAAGAUGCUGAAGAUUGCCAAAAGGAACCGGGAGUCUUGAAUGACUGCAAGGAAGAAGACGAAAAGGUGGCAGCCGGCGAUGAUGCCUGUGGAAUGAUCAACAGCGAAACCAUCUUCCCGUUGGUCGAUGAAGCAACGAGGACCCAGUACUAUAAGUCCUGUGUUGCUGAUUACUGCAACACUAAAGAGGACGAAGAUAUUUGCACCAUACUUCAAGCGAUGGCUGAAAUUGCGAGAGACAAAAAUGAAAUGGCUGCUAUUUCAUAUCUGGAUAAAACCAACAACCGAUGUCCAACCCCAACCUGUGGUGAAAAUGAAAUAUAUGGCAAUUAUAAAUGUCAAGAAUCCUGUACCGAUGAGCCAAACCAAGCUUGCCCUGUGUCAUCCUUCAAACCAGGAUGUCACUGCAAUGAUAACUACGUCCUAAGUGGCAGCAAGUGUGUGUUGCCAUCCGAAUGUGGAUGUAGAAUGCCCAAUGGACAAUAUCUUGGUCUUGGAAGGACUGCCUACAUCAAUUGUAACCGAAAACUGACUUGCGAAAAGCGUGGGGAUGAAAGACCAGAAAUUGUAUUUGAAAGGGAUCUCCUGUGCAGACCGGAAGAAUGUGGCAAUAACAGAUGCUUCUGCGGGCGUGGUCGCAGGAGAGAGGGAAAAAGAUGUGUGGACAAACCAGCCCAGCACAGAUGUUCACGAGGUUUCAUGAGAGUAGGGUCCUUAUGCGUGGCUCAUAUCUCUGUCCCCAAUGUCUGGACACAAGCUGCACGGAUGUGCGCUAGACUAGCCGACACCGCCACUCUGUUCCGCGUUGACGAGGAGGAAGAUAAGACCACACUGAGGAAGUACAUACGAAAGGUCGUUAGAUCCAAAGAGUUUUUCGGGAGAAGAAGAGGAAGAGGAGGAAGGAGAACGAGAGGCAGAGGUCGCAGAGGUCGCAGAGGUAACAGAAAGCGCAGAGGUCGCAGAGGCCGCAGAGGCCGCAGAGGCCGCAGAGGGAGCAGAGGGAGCAGAAAGCGCAGAGGUCGCAGAGGCCGUAGAGGCCGCAGAGGUCGCAGAGGUCGCAGAGGCCGCAGAGGUAGCAGAAAGCGCAGAGGUCGCAGAGGUAACAGAAAGCGCAGAGGUCGCAGAGGUCGCAGAGGUCGCAGAGGGAGCAGAGGCCGCAGAGGGAGCAGAGGUCGCAGAGGCCGCAGAGGGCGCAGAGGUAACACAAAGCGCAGAGGUCGCAGAGGCCGUAAAGGUCGCAGAGGCCGCAGAGGGAGCAGAAAGCGCAGAGGUCGCAGAGGCCGCAGAGGCCGCAGAGGGCGCAGAGGGCGCAGAGGGAGCAGAGGCAACAGAAAGCGCAGAGGUCGCAGAGGCCGCAGAGGCCGCAGAGGCCGCAGAGGGAGCAGAGGGAGCAGAAAGCGCAGAGGUCGCAGAGGCCGUAGAGGCCGCAGAGGUCGCAGAGGUCGCAGAGGCCGCAGAGGUAGCAGAAAGCGCAGAGGUCGCAGAGGUAACAGAAAGCGCAGAGGUCGCAGAGGUCGCAGAGGUCGCAGAGGCCGCAGAGGGAGCAGAGGUCGCAGAGGCCGCAGAGGCCGCAGAGGGCGCAGAGGUAACACAAAGCGCAGAGGUCGCAGAGGCCGUAAAGGUCGCAGAGGCCGCAGAGGGAGCAGAAAGCGCAGAGGUCGCAGAGGCCGCAGAGGCCGCAGAGGGCGCAGAGGGCGCAGAGGGAGCAGAGGCAACAGAAAGCGCAGAGGUCGCAGAGGCCGCAGAGGCCGCAGAGGGAGCAGAGGGCGCAGAGGCCGUAGAGGCCGCAGAGGGCGCAGAGGGCGCAGAGGGAGCAGAGGCAACAGAAAGCGCAGAGGUCGCAGAGGCCGCAGAGGGAGCAGAGGCAACCGGAAGCGCAGAGGGAGCAGAGGGCGCAGAGGCCGCAGAGGCCGCAGAGGGCGCAGAGGUAGCAGAGGUAUCAGAAAGCGCAGAGGUCGCAGAGGCCGCAAAGGCCGCAAAGGGCGCAGAGGGAGCAGAGGCAACAGAAAGCGCAGAGGUCGCAGAGGCCGCAGAGGCCGCAGAGGGAGCAGAGGGAGCAGAGGUAACAGAAAGCGCAGAGGUCGCAGAGGCCGCAGAGGCCGCAGAGGCCGUAGAGGCCGCAGAGGGCGCAGAGGGCGCAGAGGGCGCAGAGGUAGCAGAGGCAACAGAAAGCGCAAAGGUCGCAGAGGCCGCAGAGGGAGCAGAGGCAACAGAAAGCGCAGAGGCCGCAGAGGCCGCAGAGGUCGCAGAGGUAGCAGAGGCCGUAGAGGCCGCAGAGGGCGCAGAGGUAGCAGAGGCAACAGAAAGCGCAAAGGUCGCAGAGGCCGCAGAGGCCGCAGAGGCCGUAGAGGCCGCAGAGGGCGCAGAGGGCGCAGAGGUAGCAGAGGCAACAGAAAGCGCAAAGGUCGCAGAGGCCGCAGAGGGAGCAGAGGCAACAGAAAGCGCGGAGGUCGCAGAGGCCGCAGAGGCCGUAGAGGCCGCAGAGGGCGCAGAGGGCGCAGAGGUAGCAGAGGCAACAGAAAGCGCAGAGGUCGUAGAGGCCGCAGAGGCCGCAGAGGCCGCAGAGGGCGCAGAGGGCGCAGAGGGAGCAGAGGCAACAGAAAGCGCAGAGGCCGCAGAGGCCGCAGAGGUCGCAGAGGUAGCAGAGGCCGCAGAGGGCGCAGAGGGCGCAGAGGUAGCAGAGGCAACAGAAAGCGCAAAGGUCGCAGAGGCCGCAGAGGGAGCAGAGGCAACAGAAAGCGCAGAGGCCGCAGAGGCCGCAGAGGUAGCAGAGGUAACAGAAAGCGCAGAGGUCGCAGAGGGCGCAGAGGGCGCAGAGGGCGCAGAGGUAGCAGAGGCAACAGAAAGCGCAGAGGGAGCAGAGGGCGCAGAGGCCGCAGAGGCCGCAGAGGGAGCAGAGGCAACAGAAAGCGCAGAGGUCGCAGAGGCCGCAGAGGCCGCAGAGGUCGCAGAGGUAGCAGAGGUAACAGAAAGCGAAGAGGUCGCAGAGGCCGUAGAGGCCGCAGAGGGCGCAGAGGUAGCAGAGGCAACAUAAAGCGCAAAGGUCGCAGAGGCCGCAGAGGGAGCAGAGGCAACAGAAAGCGCAGAGGCCGCAGAGGCCGCAGAGGCAACAGAAAGCGCAGAGGGAGCAGAGGGCGCAGAGGCCGCAGAGGCCGCAGAGGGCGCAGAGGACGCAGAGGGCGCAGAGGUAACAGAAAGCGCAGAGGUCGCAGAGGCCGUAGAGGUCGCAGAGGCCGUAGAGGUCGCAGAGGCCGUAGAGGUCGCAGAGGCCGCAGAGGGAGCAGAAGGCGCAGAGGUCGCAGAGGCCGCAGAGGCCGCAGAGGCCGCAGAGGCCGCAGAGGUAACAGAAAGCGCAGAGGUCGCAGAGGCCGUAGAGGUCGCAGAGGCCGUAGAGGUCGCAGAGGCCGUAGAGGUCGUAGAGGCCGCAGAGGGAGCAGAAGGCGCAGAGGGCGCAGAGGUCGCAGAGGCCGCAGAGGCCGCAGAGGUCGCAGAGGCCGCAGAGGACGCAGAGGCAGCAGAGGCAACCAAAAGCGCAGAGGGAGGAGAGGGCGCAGAGGCCGUAGAGGUCGCAGAGGCCGCAGAGGUAACAGAAAGCGCAGAGGUCGCAGAGGCCGUAGAGGUCGCAGAGGCCGUAGAGGUCGCAGAGGCCGCAGAGGGAGCAGAAGGCGCAGAGGUCGCAGAGGCCGCAGAGGCCGCAGAGGGCGCAGAGGCCGCAGAGGCCGCAGAGGCCGCAGAGGUAACAGAAAGCGCAGAGGUCGCAGAGGCCGCAGAGGUAACAGAAAGCGCAGAGGUCGCAGAGGCCGUAGAGGUCGCAGAGGCCGCAGAGGUCGCAGAGGCCGCAGAGGGAGCAGAAGGCGCAGAGGUCGCAGAGGCCGCAGAGGCCGCAGAGGUCGCAGAGGCCGCAGAGGCCGCAGAGGCAACAGAAAGCGCAGAGGUCGCAGAGGCCGCAGAGGCCGCAGAGGCCGCAGAGACCGCAGAGGCCGCAGAGGCCGCAGAGGUAACAGAAAGCGCAGAGGGCGCAGAGGUAACAGUAAGCGCAGAAGACAAAGAGGGCGCAGAGGUAACAGAAAGCGCAGAAGACAGAGAGGGCGCAGAGGACGUAGGAAUUUACCCAGGAAACUACACAUCUGGAUUGGUGGUUGCGUCGACCGAUCUGAAGGUCGAACAGCAAGAUUCACAAAAGACUCUAUCCCAACUAGUAUCGACUUACCUCUGUACGACGGGCUCGGUAACUUCAAAAGUGGAUGUGUCCAAGUCGUUUACGAUACCCAGGACGAUACAGUUCAGUUCAGAUCGGAUGUUGACUUCGCUUUGAAAUAUGCUGUGUGUGCAUAUGAUCCAGACAGAAGAACCCCAAAGAAAUGCUCAGGGAUGAUUUCACCAAUAAAGAACUCUCGAGGAGCGUCACUGACUCGUUCGCAAAUUGCUGCCUUGGCCAGCCUGUAUCCAGGAAAGGGUAACCAGUUCUGUAAAGAACCGAUCGGCAUUGAAUGUUAUGAUGAAAAUGGCGACGAAGCCAAGACAGGCGUCACAUGCAACGUACGAAGAGGUUUCUCCUGUAGAGGCAAAGAAUGCAAAGACUACAAGAUAAAGAUUUGUUGCCCAGAGAGUGAAAACGUCUGUAAGAGGUUCCCACGCGCAUGCUCACCGACGCAGAAAUGUGAACCACUUUACUACGCUCAUGAGUGCGAGUGCGCAAGAGGUUAUUCCAUGACUGAAGAGGGCGACUGUGUCGAUCUUGAAAGUCAGUGCAAGUGCGGCUGCAGUGGGGAUCCCCAUUGCUAUGCCUGCAACCGUUUCUUCUUCGACUUCAUGGGCCCUUGUCGCUACCUCGCCAUCACAAACAACUGUCCCCACACCGGCAAACAGUACCCUUCGGUGGAAGUGAUCACCAAGCACAAACCCUGCGGAAAACCUGCCAAGAAGGUCACCUGUACAGAAUCUAUGCAAGUACGCCUAUGUCAAACCAAAGCCAGAGCCAAGGCCGGAGACUGCAUAAUCGCUGAUUUGAGCUCUAGACGUGGAGGGUGCCGCGUGACAAGGCGAGCUUCGAACAAAUGGUUGAACAACAAAGUUUCUGCGAGAAUGUGCGGCAGAAAAUGCGUUUUCAAGGGUUAUGGUUUGAAAUUAGACAUUCAGGGAAGCAAGUGGAAUAGUGUCAUCGAUUCGAAAUUCAAGGAAAAAAUGUGCGGUCUGUGCGGUAAAUGGACCAAUGCCGACGAUUUCAUCAUCAACCGUAAGGGAGACCCAUUCAAGUUUAAACUGAAAACAAAGAAGCGAAACAUUAAUGGGAAGCCUAGACGAGUUGAUGUGAUUAAUAGGAAGGACUCUGCAACGUAUGGCGACCAGUGGCUGUACAACGACCCCGACUCCAACGAUGAAAAAUGUUCUGACCCAACACUAUUGGGCGAUGAAUGCACAAAAGAAGAAACGGCUGCCGGUUUGGAAGCAUGCAAAUUCUUCAAGGUCGUUGCUGGCUUACUCAAUGACGACGACUAUUCAGAGUUUAUGAACGGAUGUGCUGAGGAUGUCUGCAGUGGUGUGGAAAACGCCGUCUGCGAGGCGCUUAACAGCUACGUGGAUAAAAAAGUUGUCGAACUUGGAAUUGAUGUGGUGCCAAAUUGGAAGAACAGUCCAGAUUCCCCAUGUCCAAUGAAUUGUUCUGAAGAAUACACACGUCCAUCGCUGGGAUUCCUGAAACAACCAUACUGCGAUGGUACCGAGUACAAGGGUGUGCUGGACUGUGUAUGCGAAAUGGGAUACGUCCUUGAUCCACUCUCAGAUAAGUGUGUCAAACAGGAAGACUGCUCAUGUACGACCGAGUCUGGGAAACAGUUGCAGCCCAGGCAAACAAUCUACAACACUAAGGAUUGCGGUGAAAAACAACGAUGCACUGCCGGUCGCAUUGAGACUGAAGAAUCUGGUGCCAGUCCCCAAGCUAACUGUACUGAAGAUGAACUCACGGGUUGCCGUGAUGGCUACGAUGGUGAUGGCAAGGUUUGCACUGCGAGUACGGACAGCUGUAUUGCCGGGUGGACAAAAUCUAGUCAAGGAUGCGUCAAGGUGUUUGAUGACCCGCUCAACUUCCCAUUGGCUGCUCAGAGAUGUAGAGAGGAGAGUGGAGAGCUUGUCGCUGCAGCAAAGAGCGAAGAUGAAGCAACCAUCCUUGCCCUCAUUCUGGACAACCCAGGAGUACAGUACUUCAUCGCCGGUUUGUGUAAAGGCAGUUCUGCAGAUGAUGUCCAAAACGGAAGGACUAAAGGUGCAGAGAGCUACGUGCGACCAACUGUCGGCGGCGUGCCUGCUUGUUCUGCCGGCGACACACCAGAAUGCUUCGCCGCAAGCACAGCAGACGGAACAAGUUUGAAGAUAGAGAAAAUAACAUGCUUAGAAAAGAAGAAAUUCGUGUGUGUCAAGAAACCAGAGGAGGAUUUCAAGCUAACCGACUGGUGUAGUGGCGAUAAGCCAGAAGCCGGAGACCAGGAAGAGGAGAACCCAACAACAAUGCGAGCAAAAGAAUGCAGGACAUGUGAAAAUCCCCGCGCCAUCGAGUGCAGGUCAAUCGCCAACCAGAAGCCCUCUAGUGAAUUCAGUGACACUAAAUGCAAUAUCGAAGACUUCUUCCUGGGUGACCAAUGUGACGAAGGUGAAACAUGUGAUGACUUCGAAGUACGGAUGCUCUGCCCAAAGAGAAUCAACGAAUGCAAGAAAAACCUCGAUCUCUGCAAUAAUGAAGAAGACUGUAUAAAUACAGAAUUUGGCUACACUUGUCAGUGCUCGGAAGAAGGUCAAGCCGAAGUAUUCAGAGAUGGAAAAGAUCGUUGCGCAGAUGUGAAGACUUGUACCAUGUCAUAUCAAAAUGGAGGAGGGGUGGACUUGGUGGCCUUUGACUCUGCAGAUCCAGACACUCCCUUGACUCUUUCUAGAGCAUGUGGUGUCUAUUUAUUGAACACCAAAGCCUGUGACAGUGCACUGGAUAAACCGGGGAGAAACGACGUCACCAUCAUUGUGUCUACAAAAACAGACAAUGCUAGGAUGUAUAUACAAGUCGGAUCGAGCACAAUCACCCUAAGCAGAAGGGGUGUUCUUUCUCAUAACCGCUCUCCUGUUGAUGUCAGCAUCAUUGAAGACAAGUACUCUCUGGAACUGACGGCAGACAAAGAAUACCGAUUUAUGACCGCAGACAAGGAAAUCGUUUGUGACUUUGAGGUCGCCGCAACUGGAUUGCAACGAAUACAAUGUCGUGCAACCGACCUCUACAAUCCAUCAUGCGGCAUAUGCACCAUCGGUGGUAAUGACGUCAGCACAGACGCGAAUGUUCAACAAUUCUUCGAGAAAAACAGCGUGCCUGGAUCAAGUUGUCUCCCCCCGCCGGGACAGGAGACGGAAACUACAAUAGCAACAUUCGGAACACCAGUGGUUGUAACUACGACACCUGGGACUGUGACGUCUACAAUGGCGUCUCCGACGAUCCCACCGACCACCAGCGAACCUAAUGACGACUGUGCCGACCCGAAAUGCGAUGAUCUACUUGAAGCAAUGACCAACUGUGAUCUUGGUAAAAAUAUCCCCACUGCUUGCAAAGCUGCGACAUGCUCAGGGAUUGAUAUAUGCUCCUUUGUGACGACAAAAAUUGCAGAACUUGAAUCGAUCUACAAUGGAAAUAGCCGCGCUGACAUUUGUGAUACUAUCGGCGACGUGAGAAAAGCAGUAGAAGCUAUGCGGACCUUGAGCAAAUGUGAUGGACCUACAUGUAAGUCUGCAAACUGGAAGCUCCGAUACGGAGCACCACCCUUGGCCAAGACAUGCGCGUUCCCUUACCGCUCUGACGAAACUGUCGACGCUGCGCCAUACAAUUUUGAUGCCAAGUGCGUGUGUAUCGCUGGUAUGGUACUCAACCCCGUCUCUGGUGCUAGCGGCAUGGAGUGUGUUCCCCUGGCUGAGUGUGGCUGCAGAUACAAACAGCAAUACAUCCAGAUCGGAGGAUACUACGAGGACAAAGAAACAUGCACGGGAACAUUCACCUGCAAGGCAUUCGAUACCAUUGUACCUUCUAACAAAACGUGUGUUGACAACGCCAUCUGCAAAGACGGAAAGUGCGUAUGCGAGGAAGGCUUCAUGGGCGAUGGCUAUGAACUCUGCGAAAAAGUUAUCGAUUACCCCGAGAAGAGAUGCAUCCAGUCCUAUGACGCCUCAUCCAGCAUCACCAGACUGCGAUGCGAAUGCAAGAUGGGAUAUGCAUCCACAUGCGAGACGUGUAUUGAUAUCGACGAAUGUGCCACUAGUAACGAAUGCGACCCAACCACAAAAUGUGUUAAUCUUCCGGGAACCUACGAAUGCCAGUGCAAGCCCGGAUUCUCCCGAGUAUCCAACACCACAUGUAAAGAUGUCAAGGAAUGCGAAAGCAACCCAUGUCCACAGGACUCUCUUUGCUACGAAGGACAAGGAUCUUACUACUGCAAGUGCUGCGAAGGUUUCCAGAAGAAGAAUUCCGUUUGUGAACCAAUUGAUAAAGUCAACCCCCCAAGUCGGUGUUGCACCUGUACACUUCCGGAAUGCUUCGCCGCUCCAGACGGAAAGCCCGAUGCGGGAUGCUAUGUUGAACUUAACGGGGAAACAGCUUUUAGUAGUUUCCACACAGCGUUUAUUUAUCGGUGCAUAAAGAACCUACCAUUCGUGAUUGGUAACUACAGAUACGAACCAUGCACCGAACCGGUAGAGACAGUGACAACGACAACCCCUGGAGCUUUGCCAACUGCAACGACUACAGCGGCAACGACUAAGCCUCCACCACCAGACCCAUGCCGGGACACCGCCGUGUGCGAUCUGACUGUUGAGAACGACAAAAAAACUGGUCCCGUGUGCAGUGAAAACAACGUGAAGUUCCCGAGCUUGUGUGCCUUCAAACAAGCAGAAUGUAGAGGAAACGGAAACACCCCUCCACCGACGUUGCCAACUUACACCCGAGGAGAAUGUCCAACGACAACACCCCCGCCAACUUCACCAGAUCCAACCAGUCCAUAUGUGUGGGAUCAAUGGGGAAGCUAUGGACCAUGCGAUGCGGUUGAUUGCCAAACGCCAGGCAAACAGACCCGUGAAAGGUCAUACACGCUCAGGGAUGGUGCCCCCAUAUCUGUGCCACCUGAGAGUGAGAGAGUCUCUUUCAUCAGCUGCAAAAAGUCAGGCUGCACCGUCAAACCAACAGAUCCACCUACAACUGUGGUCCCCGACCAAUGUGAAUAUCUCGAAUGCAGUAACGAAAAUAGCCCAGUGUGUGGUGUUAUAGCUAAUGGCAGUCCUACUACAUACGAUUCCGAGUGCCGAUUGAAGAAGCGUGCUUGUGAUAGUACGCCAAGAGCCAUAUACAUGGUUGUAUCCAGAACACCAUGCCCAGAUGGAGAAGGGGAACCCCCAGCACCAAGCAUGUGCAAUGAAGGCCCCAUCGCGAAGAAGGUGAGCUACAACGUCACCAGAGGAGCCGUCAGCUGCUUCUUCGAGGCAGACAUGAACGUAUGCGAGUCGCUAGCCUGCGUCAGUCCGAGUGGGAAUACAGGCUCAAACAUCUGUUGCAAAGGAACAGUGUUUGCUGCAGAAAGGGUGACCGUCACUGCCCUCUGCAGUGACAACUCUAAUGAGGUCAUCCACCUGGAAAAUCCAGAAAAGUGUGAAUGUCAAGACGAAGGGGGCCCUUAGCCUGUCGACACUUCAAAAACUGAAGUACGCUGAUAUAAAUGUAACUAUAUAAACUAUGUGUCUAAAAUAAAUAUCCUGCAUACCUUA